AUGGAAUUUCCAGCACCACACAUCCACCAUUCCCAAACAUCUCACACCCAUACGAUUAUUCUGCUUCAUGGUCGCGGCAGCAAUGGCCUCGAGUUCGCCGAAGAGCUUUUCUCAUCCACAACUUCUAAGGGCAAGAGCCUAGCCUCCUGCCUACCUGCCUAUCGUUGGGUCUUCCCAACCUCACGUGACCGAUGGAGCACUACGUUCCAAGAAGAGAUGUGCUCCUGGUUUGAUGCCUACUCCCUAAGCGAUAUCCAGAAAAGAGAGGAAUUGCAGAAGGACGGAAUAAGAGAGUCAGUUUUGCACAUUCUUGAUAUUCUCGAGGAGGAGGCUAGGCUGCUAGAUGGGCAGCUUGCUCAUAUCUAUCUUGGAGGUAUUAGCCAGGGGAUGGCAACCGCCAUAUGGGCCUUAGUCGCCGGGAUAGGGAUGGGGCGGGUUCAAGGACCACUAGGGGGUCUGCUAGGCUUUUGUGGCUGGUUACCUUUUGCAAAGCAGCUAGAGGGCUUGCUAUACGAACCAACCCUUAGUGGUCCUAGCAUCCAUCAGGCACAGCACCUAAUAUCUACAUUCUUCUUUGAUGAAAUUGCCGGUCAUGAGAUAUCGCAGGCUAACCAACCUGUGGAUAGCUCUGUCUUAUCUACUCCUGUGUUCUUGAGCCAUGGAGCAGACGAUGAGUGGGUAUCAGUGGAACUCGGACGGCAGGCAUCUCGAAUUCUACGGACAAUCAUGGUUCACGUCGAAUGGCACGAGUUCUCUGGGGCGGAGGGCGACGGUCACUGGAUCAAAGAGCCUGAAGGCUUCGACCAGAUCCUUCAAUUUCUUGAGACCUGA